AAUAUUUUCAAGUGGGAACCGGAAGCUUCUGGGGGACCAUUUAGAGUGUUGAACAAGCAGACAAUUUACAUUUUGUAGUGAAAAUGGCUGACCGUAAACCGACGGCGGAUCCUGAAGUCCCUUUUGCAAAGAGGAUAGACCCGAAAAGUGAAGAUCUUACAAGGGACGAGUUGUACUUUAUCAGACAAGUGGAACUGGCACAAUGGAAGAAGAAAUCCCAGAAACUAAGAGGCCGUAAUAUUGCCACAGGACUUGCUAUUGGAGCUAUUGUAAUGGGAAUUUAUGGCUACACGUUUUACUCGGUGUCACAGGAGAAGAUUAUGGAUGAGCUGGAUGACCAGGCCAAGGUCGCGAGGAUGGGGGCAUCAAAAACCGGUGCCAACUAACAAUGAUCAGUUGGACUGAUCUCAGAUGAGACUGUGCGGUGUGCCACCUGGUCUACCUGAAUUAACAGGCGGGGACUAAUGCUGACAAAUGCUGGAUUUACAACAUUUCCCAACUGUUAGCCUCUUACAACUCAAAAGGCAGACAUGGACCCCGUUUUGACCUGGACAUGUAGGCUUGGUGUCGUUGUAUUGCUCUUCAAUGUGAUUGAACAUGUUUGUCAAUAAAAAUAAUGUACUACUGCCCGAUAACCCCUUCCCAUUACAAGACACUUGGAACAUGUUCAUUAAGCACCAUAGUGAUUGAAACAGGAGAGACAUUUCCUGUUAAGUGAUUUCAUGAAUUCUAUUUGUGUAAAUUGUUUUGUAGUUCCCUACAACAGAAUCAUACCUUUUUUUUCUAAUCAAUCUAUGAAAAAAAAUAUAAUUUUAAUUGUUAAUUAUACAGUGGCCUUGGCAUUAAUGGGGCUAUGAGAUACAAACACAUACUACAUUACAAAAUAUUUAUGUUGUUAAAAGUAUAAUAUUAUGAAUUUGUUUUUUUACAAGACAAUAAAUUACAUACUAUGGUCAUUGGCAUGUU